CUGCUGCCGUGGCAGCCGGAGCGGGAGCCGGGAGGAGGAAGGCGGCGGCCGUAGCUCCUGCCCGCUCGGGCUGUCCAGCCCUCGGAGACCGCCGGCCCGCCGAGCCUCACCGCCCCCCCCCGGGAAGUCCCGGGCCCCUGCCCUAUGUCCCGCAAGGCGAGCGAGAAUGUGGAGUACACGCUGCGGAGCCUGAGCAGCCUCAUGGGCGAGCGGCGCAGGAAGCAGCAGGAGCCGGACGCGGCGAGCGCGGCCGGGGAGCGCAGUCUCCUGGCGGCCGCCGAGUCGAGCGCCAGCCUGCAGAGCGCGGGUGCGGGCGGCGGCGGCGUCGGGGACCUGGAGCGCGCGGCGCGGCGGCAGUUCCAGCAGGACGAGACCCCCGCCUUCGUGUACGUGGUGGCCGUCUUCUCCGCGCUGGGCGGCUUCCUGUUCGGCUAUGACACCGGCGUGGUGUCGGGGGCCAUGCUGCUGCUCAAGCGGCAGCUCAGCCUGGACGCUCUGUGGCAGGAGCUGCUCGUGUCCAGCACGGUGGGGGCGGCCGCCGUCUCGGCGCUGGCCGGCGGGGCCCUCAACGGCGUCUUCGGCCGCCGCGCCGCCAUCCUGCUGGCCAGUGCCCUCUUCACAGCCGGUUCCGCGGUGCUGGCCGCGGCCAACAACAAGGAGACACUGCUAGCCGGCCGCCUGGUCGUAGGGCUUGGCAUCGGCAUUGCUUCCAUGACAGUGCCCGUGUACAUUGCUGAGGUCUCCCCGCCCAACUUAAGAGGUCGAUUAGUCACCAUCAAUACCCUCUUCAUCACCGGAGGCCAGUUCUUUGCGAGUGUUGUGGAUGGAGCCUUCAGUUAUCUCCAAAAGGAUGGAUGGAGGUACAUGUUGGGACUUGCAGCAAUUCCAGCAGUUAUACAGUUUUUUGGCUUUCUCUUUUUACCUGAAAGCCCUCGAUGGCUGAUUCAGAAAGGACAGACUCAGAAGGCCCGUAGAAUUUUAUCUCAGAUGCGUGGUAACCAGACCAUUGAUGAGGAAUAUGAUAGCAUCAAAAACAACAUUGAAGAAGAGGAAAAGGAGGUUGGCUCAGCUGGACCUGUGAUCUGCAGAAUGCUGAAUUAUCCCCCAACUCGCCGAGCUUUAAUUGUGGGUUGUGGUCUACAAAUGUUCCAACAGCUCUCAGGCAUUAACACCAUCAUGUACUACAGUGCAACCAUUCUGCAGAUGUCUGGUGUUGAAGAUGAUAGGCUUGCAAUAUGGCUGGCUUCAGUGACAGCCUUCACAAAUUUCAUCUUCACGCUCGUGGGAGUCUGGCUUGUCGAGAAAGUGGGCCGCAGGAAGCUUACCUUCGGGAGCUUAGCAGGUACCACUGUAGCACUCCUAGUUCUUGCUUUGGGAUUUCUGCUGUCAGCGCAGGUUUCCCCACGCAUCACUUUUAAACCAGUAGCUCCAUCAGGACAGAACGGUACUUGCACAAGAUACAGUUACUGUAAUGAAUGUAUGUUGGAUCCAGACUGCGGUUUCUGCUACAAGAUGAACAAAUCAACUGUCAUUGACUCCUCCUGUGUUCCAGUUAAUAAAGCAUCUACGAAUGAGGCAGCCUGGGGCAGGUGUGAGAAUGAAACCAAAUUUAAAACAGAAGAAGUAUUUUGGGCUUACAAUUUCUGCCCUACGCCAUACUCCUGGACUGCACUUCUGGGCCUUAUUUUAUAUCUUGUUUUCUUCGCACCUGGAAUGGGACCAAUGCCUUGGACUGUGAAUUCUGAAAUAUAUCCCCUUUGGGCAAGAAGUACAGGAAAUGCAUGUUCAUCUGGAAUAAAUUGGAUUUUCAACGUUCUCGUUUCACUGACAUUUUUACACACAGCAGAGUAUCUUACAUACUAUGGAGCCUUCUUCCUUUAUGCUGGAUUCGCUGGUGUGGGACUCCUUUUCAUCUAUGGCUGUCUUCCUGAGACCAAAGGGAAAAAAUUAGAGGAAAUUGAAUCACUCUUUGAUAACAGGUUAUGUACAUGUGGCGCUUCAGAUUCUGAUGAAGGGAGAUAUAUUGAAUAUAUUCGGGUGAAGGGAAGUAACUAUCAUCUUUCUGACAACGAUGCUUCUGAUGUGGAAUAAUUUUCAGCUGCUGAUAUAUUGAGGUAUUUAAACAAACCUGGGGGACAAAAGCAGCAAUUGGUGACCUCAAUGCCCUGCUUUUAAUCUGGAUCUUUCCAGUCUAGUUUUGAAUGACCUCAUCUUCUAGAAUAUUUGAUUAGGAGGAAGAUACAACCAUGAUGACAUUUUUUUUCAAAAGCAGAAAUGUAAAACAAUAUUUAGAUAUUUUAAACUAAUAAUUAUUGAACAAAUGUAUGUAAUUCCUUCCUGAGGUAGUCUAAAAUGAAUAUUGUAUCCAGUGACUUCAGUGGUAUCCUUUUUUCCUAAAACCAUAUAUAAUUAUUAGAGUCAGUGCUAAUCUAGCUUAAUCGUAUAUGUAGGAUAUACUUAUGAAGAAGGAUUCUGGAAUAAGAUCCAAGGGUGUUUUCUGUCAAAACAAGGCCUUAUUGGCCCUAAAUUUUCCUAAGGACAAGUAGCUUAUCUGUGAUC